AUGUCUAGCAUCUAAUAAAUCUUCUAUCCAUGAUUCGGGAAUUCGUGAAGCAUUGAAGCCUGAAAUAAACAUGGGAAAAUUAAAUGUAACAAUUUUACGAUAUUUAACUCGAGAUGAUUUUCGAGUUUUAACAGCGAUUGAAAUGGGAAUGAAGAAUCAUGAACUUGUUCCUGCUUCAUUAGCUGCGCAAAUAGCAAAUUUACGUUAUGGCGGAGUACAUAAAUUAUUGAAAGAACUAUGCAAGCAUAAACUUCUCAGUUAUGAACGUGGAAAACAUUAUGAUGGUUAUCGUUUAACAAAUGCUGGUUAUGAUUAUUUAGCUUUGAAGGUUUUGGCACAAAGAGGUACUAUUAAUUCUUUUGGUAAUCAAAUUGGAGUGGGAAAAGAAUCUAAUAUAUAUAUAGUUGCAAGUGAUAAUGGAAAUCAAGUAUGCUUGAAACUACAUAGAUUAGGAAGAACUUGUUUCAGAAAUAUUAAAGGUAAAAGAGAUUAUCAUCAACACAGAAAAUCAGCAUCAUGGUUAUAUCUAUCUAGAAUAUCAGCAACAAGAGAAUAUGCAUAUAUGAAAGCACUUUUUGAUAGAGGAUUUCCGGUACCUGAACCAAUUGAUCUCAAUAGACAUUGUGUUGUUAUGGAGCUGGUUGAAGGUGGACCUCUAUGUGGUGUGUACAAGAUAGAUGAUGUUGAAUCAUUAUACGAUGAAUUAAUGAAUAUGAUUGUAAAACUUGGAAAUCAUGGUGUUAUUCAUGGAGAUUUUAAUGAAUUUAAUAUUAUGAUAACAAACAGUGGAAAAGCAAUUCUUAUUGACUUUCCACAAAUGAUUUCCACUGAGCAUGUAGAUGCUAAAUUUUAUUUCGAAAGAGAUGUAAAUUGUGUUCGUGAUUUUUUUAAAAGACGUUUUGGUUAUGAAAGUGAAUUAUAUCCAAUGUUCGAAGAUAUUUUAAGAGAAGAUUGUAUAGAUGUGGAAAUUAAAGCCAGUGGUCUUACAAAACAAAUGGAGAAGGAUCUUUUGAAAGAAAUGGGAAUGAUUGAAUCUGAAGAUGAAGAAAUUGAGGAAGAAUGUAAAGAGAAUGUGGAUGAAGAAAAUAGUAUAAAUGAUAGUGAAAUUAAUAAUUUAAGACUUCAAGUCGAGAAUUCUGUGAAAAGUGAAUUUACAUGUACAUCGGAGGAAACAUUUGUAAAUGCGGUAACAAAUGAAGAGAGAAAUUUAUUUGUAUCAUCUGCAGAAAAUCAUAUUAUAGCAGAAGGUGUUAAAAAUAUCGAUAUAUGUAAUUCAAAUGAAAAUGUGAUAAAUUCAAAUUCACAUAAUUUAAAUGUGACAAAUAAUGAAGAAACGAAUUCAUUUUUUACUACAGAAACAUUUAAUUUAGAUGAUGAACAUGUAGAAAAAUUAAGUGAUUCCAAAAGUAUGUAUAGUACUACUACAGCUGCCACAAUUGCUCCUGAAAUUAUUAAAAAAAAAGUGAAAGCAGCUUUACAGAAACGUGAAAAAAGAGAGCAUUCUAGAAGAAUUCUUGUGAAAGGAGAGGCAAAUGCAGUAACUAGAAUUAGAAGGGAGAAUAGGGAUACAAUUAAACAAUCGACAGGAAUAUGGGGUUGGGAAUAAAAAUCAUAAUAAUCAUUUUUAUAUGAUUAUUAUUCAUUAUAGAUAAUUUAUUUGAUGGAAAAAAAAAAAAAAGAAAUAAUAAAAAGAAAAGAAAAUAAAACGAAAAAAAAUAUAUAUUAAUAUAUUAAUAAAAAUUCAAUCAUUUUUAUAUUAAUAGUAAGCUUUUUUCUUCCCAAAAUUUGUUAAAUUAUACUUUAUAAUUUGAAUAUUUAUAAAAUUAAUAUUUUAUAAAUAUAAUUUUAUAUAUUGUAAAUUUUUUAUUUAAAAUACAUAACUUGAUUCAAUGAUUAUUUUUAUAUAUAAACAUAACACGAAGAUAAUAAAAGAAAAGAAAAAUAAGAUGAGAAUAAAUGAAAUUUGAAUUAUUUAAUAUAUUUAAUAAUAUUGUAAGUUUAUCAAAUGUGGUAUGUAUCAAUUCUUAAUAUUGUUUUUUUUUUAUAAUAAAGCAUAUAGAUAUAUUAAAUAUAUAUAAGUUUACAUAAGAGAUACACGAAGAUUUUAGUGAGUAAUUUGUAUAUAGAUUUGUAUGAUUAUACUUAGAUGCAUUCUUUUUUUCUCUCUCUAAUUAUGUAAAUCUGUUAUAGAUAAUAAUAAUUAUUUUUAAUAUAACGAAUUAUAUAAUUAUAUUUUGUCUUUCUGAUUAUGUAAAUCUAUUAUAGAUAAUAAUAAUAAUUUUUAAUAUAACGAAUCACAUAAUUAUAUAUAAUUAAUAUAUAUUAAUAGAACAAACUUAAAAUAAAAAUUAAAAUGUUAAUUAUUUUAUUAAAUACAUUCAAUCAUAUGUAUGAUAUCCACAUUUAUGGUAUUUUGCACAUAUAAUGGGUUCUUUCUUCAGUUAAAUCUAUAGAUUGUGAUUCUUUUGUAGCAGUUAUUGUGUUUUUAUAUGUCUUCAUUAUUAUUAUAUGUUAAUAUAUGAUAUUAUUGAUUUUAUUUGUAAAAAAUUUAUAUAUAUUAUUUUUAUUUAUAAUCUAUAAAUAAUAUUAAUAACCGACAAUUCGUUUCGAUUGAGUUUUAAGAGAUGUACAUACACAUACAUACAUGUAUAAACUAAUUUGAAAAAAAGAAAAAAAAAGGAAAAGAAAAAAAUUCCAAUAAAUAUUUUCAUAUUUUAAAAUUAUGUUUUUGUUGAAAUCUAAUGAGAUACACUUUAAAAUUAUUGUAUAAUUAAUUUUAUCUCUGUAAAUGAGAUAUAUAUAAAAAUUUGAUCGUAUGUUUCUUUCCAUUCUUAGCAAAGCUUUAUUUGAUAAUUUUAUUCAUAUAAUAAGAGAAUUAAAAGAAAUAUAUCAUUUUAAGAAAAAAAUUAUAAUUAUAAUAGCAUUUAUACGAAAUUUAACAGAUAAAAUGUGGUUUUUAAUUUUUUGAAAUUUUUUGAAUACAAAGAUUGAAAAUUGCUUAAAAAUAUUAAGAUAAAUAUUAAUUUUGUUUAUAUUUAAAAAUCAAUAUUUACAAUUAUUUCAAUAAAUUCUUGAGAAUUAAAAUUAAUAUCAGUAUAUCAAUUGGUGAAUAUAUAUCGUUCAUUUUCAUCAUAAAUUCUAUUUGUAGAUAUUUUAUAUAAUAAGAUUUAAUUUUGCUAGUAUAUACAUUAAUAAAUAUUUGUGCAUAUGUUCGUAAAAAUGAAUAAGCAAAUAAACGAAUAAAUAAAUAAAUAAAAAUAAAAUAUUUACGAACAUUGUGAUAUCUUAAAGAUAAUAAACAUGUUGCAGGAUGUUUCAGUGGAAAUUUUGAGAAAAAAUUUUCCCAAGUAGCAGCGCAUAACAUUCAAUUAUCAUAAACAUAUUAUUUUGUAAUGGAGCAACGAUCUUGAACUUUGAACUGAAUUGACGAAAACUAAGUUUUCACUCCAGCGGUCGUUCGAUUCGAAAAAAAAUAGUUUCAAACGAAAAGUCGAGUGUUGAAUGUUAUGUAUGUAAAUUUUUGAAAAAAAAAAAAAGAAAAAAGAAAAAAAGGAGAAAGAAAGGGGAAAGAUUUUUCGAUAAAAAUACGAAAUGAGACAAAAGUAGCACAUAUCGUGAAAAUUUGCCUAGAUACAUCGAUAUUUUUUUCAUAAAAAUGAUUACAGGGUACGGAUGAUAAGGUAGCUCGUAUGUGGCGAUCGCGAGACUGCUUAUAUAUAAAGUCGCGCGAGCUCUUCUUUUCUAGUUCGAGUUUCAUUUCAGUGCUCCUCUGUUAAAUAUUCCUGAUACCGGGAGACCACUUCUUCUAAAGUGUUUGUUUCUAUACUGUCCAAACGCGAUAUCUUAGCAUGGCCAAGGACAAUUUGACAGCUAUCCUUUACGGUAUCAACGAUAUUAGACUGG